GAAGGGGCGGACCGGGCUGGGCUGGGAGCACGGCGCGGCUCGGCAUGGGGGGCCCGCGGCGCCUGCUGCUGAUCUCCAACUCCACCCUGCACGGAGGGGGCUACCUAGGCCACUGCCAGCAGCACAUCCAGAGCUUCCUCGGGCAGAAGGUGAAGCGGGUGCUGUUCAUCCCCUACGCCCUGCACGACCGCGACGCCUACGCCCGCACGGCCAGGGAGAAGUUUGAAAGCCUGGGUUAUGGGCUGGACAGCAUUCAUGAAUCUUGUGAUCCAGUGGAAGCUGUAAGGAAAUCGGAAGCAAUAUUUAUUGGAGGUGGGAACACAUUCCGUCUCCUGAAAGCUCUUUAUGACAACAGUCUGAUACACGAGAUCAGGAAGAGAGUUCUUGAGGAUGGGAUUCCUUACAUGGGAUCCAGUGCAGGAACUAACGUUGCUACUGUCAGCAUCAACACCACCAAUGACAUGCCAAUUGUUUAUCCACCUUCCCUGAAGGCUCUAGGAUUAGUUCCUUUUAAUAUUAAUCCCCACUACCUGGACCCAGACAUUAAAAGAACUCACAUGGGUGAGACAAGAGAGGAAAGAAUCCGCCAAUAUCAUGAGGAACCAAACACCCCUCCAGUUCUGGGCUUGCGGGAAGGUACGAUGCUGUUAGUGGAAGGAGAUAAAGCCACGCUGCAAGGAGUGACAGGAGCACGUCUGUUUUUGAGGGGUAAGAAACCAACUGAACAUGAGCCUGGAACAGAUUUCAGUUUCCUCCUGAAUGACAGUAAUCCCCUGAAUCCAUAGCCUUCCAUAUUCUGCAGCAAAAGUUACUAUAUGGGGGAGACAAUGAGGAAGAAGGAAAUAGAUGCUUGUUGUCUCAGGGUGAGUGGGGAACUUCAGCUUUAUAAAUAAAUAUGCAUUAGUGGGCUCUUUCCCUCACCCCAAUUCAUGUGUUGGACAUCUCCUUCCCACAAAAAGACAUUUUUUAUUGCAAUACUUUGGUAAUCAUAGCUAUGCAAAGCUUGAAAGGGCCUGUACAUUCACGUAUCCACUUUGAUUCCUUCCCCACCAAAAAAAAAAUUUGCCUUAACACAAUUAAGACAGGAUACUGAGUCAGCUGUUCCUGCUGCCUACUUUUACCUGCUAAAUAAAAGAAUCGUUCAUUCAGUGUACUCCCACAGUUUAAUUUUUGUGCUAUUAAUAAAGGGAAAAGUUAUGUAUUCAA